UUAAGCUGUGCAAGUGUCAUCGAUUCGUCUCUUCUCCGAAGCGAUAUCCGUCAACCGCGGAUAGAAUGGAUAACGAGGGACAAAAGGCUCCAUAUCAUCGGUGUCCAUGCUGGUGCCUCCUGUCCCCUGAACUGCCUCUUCGUAGCUUGGUGGAGGAGGUCCAUUUACUGAAACUCGGAUUCAAUUUCAGGAGCAGAGCGAAAGUUCAAAGAAACCAAGAAUACAGCAUAUCGAGGACCGUAACUAUUCCGUAG